AUGCCUCCCAGGCCCAGACCCCCUCCCAUCCCCAGGCCCCCGCCCGGUCACGCUCGGAAUCCCUUUUGGGACCCCGAGCAGGCCAACGGCCAGCCUCAGUGGGUGCCCUUCGGUCACCCCAUCCUGAGCGCGUUUAGUCAAGACGACGAGGACGACUCGGGAGAUUUCUGCGCGGACACCCACCCUCGCCCAGUGUCCUCUGCAGGCAUCCCGCCCGGGUAUGCUGCAUCUUCGUUCAAUCCGAAUGUGCCGUCCAAUGCUGCGCGUGGACCCCUCUCUGAGUAUCCGUCCAAUCCUGGCUUGGGAGUGCCUCCUCCGAGCUUUCCAGCGCAGAUUCCGGCUGAUCCCGCAUCCAACGUCGGAACCCCUUCCAACGCCGGAAUGCCAGGCGAUACUGAUCCGGAGCUUGAGUACCUUGGGCAGAGAACCAUCAAUCAGCCAAACGUGCCUGGCAUCCCGCCUCCCCGGCGUGGCCGCCGUCCCGUCCCGACCCGGGAGGAAACCAUUGGCGAUGUGCAGGACCACCUAUCACGCAAGGGGAUGUACUAUCCCCGCCUCGUUUGGAGCUUCGCCGAUCACGAUCGUUUCAAGCAGGGCCUCAGGGACCUGGCCAAGAGGCAGAACGCCGUCGGUGGUCUGGUGGACAUGCCCCAGGACGAUGCAGCCCUGGAGGAGCUGGCGAGGGACAUGUGCGAGGCCAUAUUCAAUCUCGACCAUAUCGAGUCCGGAGCGACCCGUAACCACCACUCGAAGAAGCGCGGCACUGUUGAAAUCGACAGCGUGGGAGUCAAGUGCGUCAAGGAGAUGGGCCCGUUCCGAGCCGAGAUGCUGGCGUGGGACCUCAUGUGCGCCAUCCGGGACGCCCAGACGGGAAAUCUCGAGCUACCAGACAGCGGCCGGGCCGCGGGGUUCGCGGAAUAUGACACCUUCAUGGGACGAUUUACUGACUUGUUGGAGGUUCUCAGGGUCAACAAAAACCUCGUGAGGGAGGCUCUGGAGUCCGAGCAAGGGCUCCGGAGGAUCGUCGCCGAUCCCUUCGGCGAGCGCGGCAGGAAGGUUACCAACACCUACCUCAACAGGAAGAGGGCGGAGAUGAAGGUUGGCGCCGCUGAACCCGGCUCGAAGCGGGCGAGGCGGGUUAUCGAGGAGGGGCACUUUCCUCCUUACGCACUUACUUGGAUGAAACCCACAACUACCGAGAACCAGCCGCAGACUCGGGCUGGUCAGCCUUUGGCGCAGCCGCAGCGGGGGGGUGCAAGUCUUCAACAGCCUGCCCACAUGCAGCAACAAGGCCAGCAGCCUGGCACCGCCCAGCCUCGUCAGAACCAGCCGCAGAUUCAGGUUGGUCAGGUUAUGGCGCAGCCGCAGCAGCAGGGUGGAGGUUCUCAGCAGCCUGCCCACGUGCAGCAACAAGGCCAGCAGUCUGGUCAGCAGUUCGGCACCGUUCAGCCUCGUGAGAUCCAGCCGAAGGUUGAGGAUGGUCACUUUUUUUACGAGCCACAGCAGCAGGGCGGAAGUCAUCAGCAGCUUGCUCAGCAGCUUCCCCAGCAGCCCGUCACCGCUCAGCCAGGCACUGCUCAGCCUCGUCAGAACCAGCCGCAGACUCAGGUUGGUCAGGUUUCUGAGCAGCCGCUGCAGCAGGGCGGAACUGUUCAGCAGCUUGCUCAGCAACAACGCCAGCAGCCCGUUCGCCAGCCCGGCACCGCUCGGCCUCGCGAGAACCAGGCGCAGCAGCAGGGCGGAAACCUUCAGCAGCCUGCCCAGCUUCAAGGCCAGCAGCCCGGCCAGCAGCCGGCAGCCAUGCCAGGCCCUGAAGGUCUCAGCUUGAUUCGUGAGGCGAUGGCAGAUCCAAGGCUUUCAGAUGAGGCGUUUAUGGACACCCUCGCAAGCGUGGACCCGCCGUUGGGGGGCCCCAGCAGCGCCGACCUGAUAUACAGAGAGUUCGGCGCUGCCCGCGCUGAGCCCGAUGCUCAGCCCGACGCUGAGCCCGGCGACGAGCCCGGCGACGAUCUCGGCCUCGAGUUCGGCUUCGCCGAUCUCGACCCGUCUCUCUACGAGCUACGCGAAGACGAGAGUGGUGGUCGUCGGGGAUGGCUGUAG